AUGCCGCCCCCCUCUACCGAGCCAAGCAAACUGCAAGCUGAAAAGCCAGGUACGGAGACGGUGGACACCCCUUUCGAGGCAGCGGAGGGGCAAGAAGAGGCAGCUCCAAAGCCCACGUUGUCCAAGGACUCGCUGGAUGAGGAGCUCAUGCAACGUGCAGCCGCGGAGCUGCCUCCCAUGACAAACUUGGGACCCAGCGGACACGUCUGGGAGCUCACCGAGGAAGAGGCGAGCCUUCGUGACAGCGCCGAUACCAAGACAAUGCUCGGCCUGCCAGCGCCUUACGGCCUCUGCAAUUCCAAGUGCUACCUGCUGCCGUGGCCACCGGCCGAGUGCCAGAUGGCUUGGAAGAUACCGAGGUACGGAAGUGGGCUGGAGACUGAGUUGCCAGGAAUGCUUACAAGACUCCUCUCCCAUCGCAUACCUUUCGGCAAGUACGACUGGACCGUCCGCCAGAACGUGCAGAUGCUUUGUCAAGCAGAGGUUCGGAAAGCACGCUCCAGUGCACCGCAUAGCGAUCAUUCUCCUCACUGGGAAGCCUCCUGGUAUGGAAGAGAAUCGCAGGGCCACUUGGUCGAUCCACUGGCCCGCUUCGUGCCCCCCGGGCGUCUACUCGAGGACUUCUAUGUUUCAGAGCAGCUACUUCCUCAAUUCAGCGCGGCUCGGCAGUUGGUUUCGCAGCUUGACCAGAGGAAGGGUGCCUCACCAGCCUUGACAAGCGGCCAUCAAGAUCUUCGAGACGUUCUCAUCAACUUGGUCCGCGGCUCACAUGAUGACAUCAAUGGCAUCGCCCCUGGCAUGAGAUUCUCCGUGCUGGUUUACUCCUUCAGCGCGCUCGUCAACAUCGCCGCAAAUCUGUUUAUCUCACUGCGGAUGCGCUUGACCUUUGCUUCUGCCUCAGGGCAGAGCAAGAUGCUCAGCACAGAGGCCUCAGUCUGCUCCGUCUUGUCGCUGUCCUGGCUGCUGGCCGAACUCUCUGCCGCCAGCUGUGCAGCCACGUGGUGUUUUCCAGGACUUCGCGGUAUUCAAUUGGGCUUGGCGCUCAACGUGGUCACGUCGCCUUUGCUGCUCCUCUUGGUAGCAGCAUUCAUAAGGUCUGUGAAGCUGCGGCUGAAGCUUCUGGAGGUUGGCUAUGGGAAGCCCUUGGGUGCCCUGCCUGAACGACCGGUAUGGGCUUGUUCCUUUGUAGCUGCGUGA